AUGUUGGUCAGUGUCGCGCCGGCGCCAGCAUCGAUCGCAUGAAUCAGCGCUACCACUGCGAAUAUAAGCGCCAUUUCUUAGUUUUUGGACAUGUCCCGUUUUGCCACUGCGCUUCCUUCCUGUGAAUCAUGUAGUUGAGUACGGAGGUGCCAAUUUCAGUUCAGUGUAAAGCCCUGCCGCCCCUGCCGGCCACAUGCGCUCCAAUCGCAACAUUGUAAACACAUAACACAUCGAUGUGAUAAAAAAUACAGUCCGUUGUUUUAGUGUAGUAGUUAAUUAUAAGUGCUUUUUAUUAAUAUCAAAAUGGAUUUAGUGGCGUCUUUGUUGACAUUUACUAUGUUUUGGAAAUUGUCAUGGAGCCUACAGUGCUACACGUGCGAUCCGGAGCACACGUUCCAGACCUGCAUGGCGUUCGACUACAGUCACAAGUACAUGACGCAGUGCAACAAGUCCACUAUGUGCUUUAAGAGAAUCACCUCGCUUGAAUUCGGCGAUGGACUAACAUCACACACGGUGUCCCGAGGUUGUGCGCCACAAACAACGAGCGGUGAGCAGAGGAAAGUCAACGGCAAGUGGUACGCCGUCAAAGACAUAUACGAAGUGUACGACGAGACGUGUUCGGAAGACCCGAGCGACGCCGAACGCUCCACGAAGACCAUACACUGUUACUGCAGAGGAGAACUCUGCAAUAGCGCCGAUAAAAUGUUCAGAAAUAUUUUAGCAAUUAUCGCUAUGGCCGUCACUCUGAUUGUGUUGAGUUAAUUAGGAUUAGUUUAAAAAUACUAGCUAACUAGCGCCUACGGGCCAGUCAUAAAGCACCCAAUUUACUACAGACUAAUUACAUGAAGUGCAAAGUUCUUAAAAGAACUUAAAAAUGGAGUAUAAAGUUUAGACAUUGCACAGUAGAACUCCUGAGCUGUUUAUCGACAACGAUUUGUCACAAACGUGUUUGAAAAUCUUGCAGGUUUAGUGCAUUGCUGAUAUGAAUGUUAAUAAUUGUUAACAAUUUGGCUUUCAAAGGCCUAUAGAACAAGUUAUUAAUAUUUUUCAGACACAUCGCAUCGCUUUAUAAAAACGGUGCAUUUUUUAAAUAAUAUUAAGGAUAUUUAUAAGGACCCUGAUACCUCCAUACGGGUGAACACUGCCAAUACGUUAGGUUACUCAUAGUUGCAAGGUUGAAUGUUAUGAACAAUUCCAAAGAGCUUCAACACUGGUGCUUUACUACAAAACAUAUUUUUGCUAGUCAAUGUUAUGUAGAUUAGGAUUUAUUUAGUAAUCCGACUGUGAUCUUCUUCACAAUUUUAGAUAGGUGUUAUUAUAUGUAUUCGCUAGUAUUGUUUUAAAACAAUCCAUGUAUUCUGUACUUACAACAUGGCCAGGAAGUUGAUAAGCGUUUUGUAUUUUAGUAUAUUUAGGCCGUUGUAAUUGAUAUGAUGAUACAUGUUCUUUUCAUCUUUAUAUGUAAUUAAAUAAAAUCAUUCCUAUAUAUUA